AUGCAACAUCUGGAGCAGCUGAGGAUGCUGAACCAGCAACAGCUGAGCCUAAGGCAACUGAGGAGGCUGGAGCAAAACCAACUUCUCCUUGAACGGCUUCAGACAUGUACACUUCCACUGCACGCUGCCACUGUCGAUCCAGAUCUACACAAGUACACAGAGAAAGAGAGCAUAAGCUUCAAGCACAGAUCCUCCUACCUUGCAGUUGGACCUGUGCACCCGCUGGAUCUCAGGGCUGGCGCGCAGCAGCAGCAGCCCAUAAGGAGAGAGGGAGGGCAGGCUGGAAGGGAGGGAGGAGAGGGAGCAGCUGGGAACCGGAAGGGAGGAGAGGAGACGGAGACUACUGAGCUGCAAGCAAUGAAGGCGGCCGGCUGCUGCUUUGGGACGGGAGAGCUGUGGAGGAUCCAACGUCGCUUGGACGUGAUAGGUCGUGCUGUCCAAGUGAUCAUCACUGUUCACUGGAGCGAUCAGAUGGCCCAACGCCUUCGCUUCCCUCCGAAGGAAAGCGGUUGCGCCCCAUUCGCGAAGCCGAGCAGAAAGACACACCCACCGGCACGAAGAAAACAAAGAACUACUGAUAAGUACAAAAUGGCUAUAAGCUUCAAAUACUGGGACGAUUGCUUGGAUCCAGAGGAUAUGAAAUUAAUGUGGCAGGAUCCUAUUGUAAAUAAAGAGUGGAAUGAUGCUGGGGAAGAGCAAGGACAGAAAGUUCAUCUAUCACGGGACCCUGAUGGUGAGGCAUAUCUUACACAAACUGAAAUGAUGGCAGUGGCGGCAAUUACCGUUCAUAGACAUUUCAAAUCUCAGCUAGAUCCGUAUAUGAUAAGCGCACUUGCUGAAAUUGCAAGUGGAAGGAGACUCUUUGUAGAUACCUAUGAUCGUAAGACUAAAGAAACCAAGGUUGGUAUAAUGCAGGUGGCACCUGAAGUUGCUCAAUGGCUUGGAAGGGAACUAGGUUACAAGAGUUAUGACAUCGAAGAUAAUACUAAUUUGCUGUACUGGCCUCUUGUAAAUGUCUACUUUGGUGCUGCUUAUGCAAAAUGGCUCUUCUCUUGUGAUGACAAACAAAGAACUGAAGAAUUUGUUGUUAGAGCAUAUAAGGGUGGCAAAAAGAAGGCUGCUCACAAAUCAACUUCCCCUAUCUUCCAGCGUUAUCUUUAUGUGAAAGAGAACUUGUUGUCUAUGAGACAACCAGAGAUUUGCCACGAGCUUACUCCUGACCUAGAAAAUUUGUCAAGCGCAGAAGCACAGUUGAUAUAUUGGGAUUCCAAGGUAUCAGAGGCUGAUAUGGAUGCAAUGUGGAAACAUCCGGAUGUAUAUAAGGAGUGGAUAAAAUCUGGUGAGAGACGUGGAAAUGUACGAUUCUCCCAUGAUGCAAAGCACAGGCCUUACCUUUCUCGCGUGGAGGUGAAGGCUGUUGCCGAAAUAAUCGUAUCACGCCAUUUGAGCACAAGAGGAGUAAAACCGGAAGCUCUUGCAACACUUGCAGAGGUCUGCAGUAUGCGCUUUGUCCAUGGAGUAAGUACCCGGACUGGAUUGAUGGGAAUAGACUACCCUACUGCUGUAUGGCUUUCCAGGGAUUGUCGCUACAGGGCAUAUACAGUGAUCUCUGUGGAUGAUCUCUACAAUCCUUUUGCAUCAAUGUAUUUUGGUGCAUCUUACUUGGGAUGGUUGUCUCAAUAUGAAGGAAGAUUCCCUCCCAAGGGUUCGGGUAUUGACAAGAAUUUUCUUGCGGACUACACGAGAAUGUUAACGCCCUUCCCGUCUUUCCGCUUAUUGGUGUAUGCCAAACUGUACCUCUGUUGUAUAAUAGGAACCGUAGAAGAAAAGGGCCUUUGUAAAGUUACCGACGCUCCAUAG